CAAAAUUAUUUUAUUUAUACCGUUUACAUUUUGACUUUUGAGGGAAAACUUAGAGAGAGAAAUUUCAGUGUGUGAGAGAGAAAGAGAGAGAGAGAGAGAAGGGGGCUAACAUGAAGGCGAACAAUGAAACGACGAUGGAUCUGAUUUUGAGGGAUUUCUAUGUUGUGGAUCCCGUACGGAAUUCGGGAUAUUACGGCGUGAUAAAGUACACCGUCGAACCCCGGCGGCGGGGCAAAUUUAUCCGUUCGUCAAGCUUUGCCGAAAAAUUCAUGGAGCAGAAGAAGGCUCAGCAGAUUCAUGUAAUAAACGGUGAUAAAAUUCUCCUCGUUUUGCACCAGGAAGAUUUCGAGAUCGGCAAGGAUGUUUUCUUCGGGAUCGCCGCCGCCGAUGGCCUUCUCGUUGCUAGGUUUGUCGAACCAGCCGAAUCCACCGUCGCUCAGCGCGUGUGGGGAAUGUUUGGUUUUCGCGGUGCAGGAAGUUAAUAUGUAACGCCGGCGUGGUGGCGCCGUUAUCUUUGUCGUCUUCUAAUUUCGAUAAUUGUGUCUGGGUGGUGCUCCGGUGGAACUAGUCGGCCCUCAGCCGAUUUUUAUAGUUUAACUUUAUGUAUUAAUUCUCCAAUAUUAGCGUGUGUGUAUAUAUGUACAUUUUAUACAAAUUCAUAUGUAUGCAUUUAUGUGAUUUGA